UUUGAAUAUUCAUGGAGUAAUUAGCAUGAUGCUACCUUGGAUGGACUAUAUUCAUAUGUCGAAGAUUCUUCCCACUUUCCCAGACCUCUGUCAAUCUUUCGUGCCUAUCCACUAUAUCACCAUAACUCAUCGCUGUCGUCUCUGCCCAACACUCCCGGGAUCUCCCCCAGAGCCCGGUGUAAAGGCGCUAUGGGUAUUCGGCAUAUUAUCUGGCACACUCUCAUUCACCAACUCGGUGAUACUGAGUCGGUGGUUUCUUUUAUUAUCCGGGUCGUCCAAUCCCCUUCCUCCAGGCUUUAAAGCAUCCAGGAUUCCUCCGCCUCGCGCCAUGCUUCCAGGCAUGCUGGACUCGACCAUGGGCUGGUUGCCCUCGGCGCUGCGGUACGCUCCCCCUUCUCCAGUUGAGGUGCACGUGCCGGAGGCGCCGGAAGACGAAGAGCCCGGUUUCAAGAUGUCUUUGAGCUUGGAAAGGACGGAUUUGUCCUUUUCCGCAGAGAUAUGCUUCGUAGAUGGUGGUCCGCCAGUCGACAUUUUGGUGUUUUUCAAUUCUUUGUCCUAUUGCUUUUUCACUUGGUUGGGCUUGACAUAG